AUCUCCAUGGAAGGAACAUCUCAGAAAAAAGAGGAGAUAGAAUAUAGAAGAAACUGAGAAAGAAGAAAACAGAACAACUAAACUUUCUUCCUUGAGCUAACUUUUCUUACACAUGUUGCAGAUAUCCCUUCAGAAUCUGGGCAAAAGUUGCGACUUUGAAAGGUCUCAAUCAAGGGCAAGGCAAUCAUCAAUGGAGAACAGACAUGGAUUAUUCAGGCAGAACAGUGGUUACUGGAGGUCCUUGAGAGACGGAGACUUUGAGGAAGGAGAUGUCUGGGCUACUCUCAGAGAUACAACAGAUUCUACUUCCAUGGUUGACAAAUCAAAUGAAACUUCUGUUUCAAUACAUAGACCAGUUCCAUCUGCUGCAAGAAUGAUACCAAGAGCUACAGGCAGCAGUAGCAGUAGCAAUAAUUCCUCUCAUGAAGCCAAACUUGUUCAGCAAUCAGCACCAGUUAACGUUCCCGACUGGUCACAGAUUUCCAGGAGAAAGUCAAAGAAGGCCGCCAAGAAUGAUUCAUGGCAUGAUGAUGAAGAUGAUGAUGAUAAUGAUAUCAAUGAAGCUUCGAAAGACGCCCAGGACAGCGAUGAAGAUGAUAACGAUAAUGAGGACGUUUGCAAGUUACCUCCACAUGAAUUAAUAGCUAGGAGGCUUGCAAGAAGUCAUAUUUCCUCUUUCUCUGUUUUUGAAGGUGUUGGGAGAACCCUCAAAGGGAGGGAUCUCAGCAAAGUGAGGAACGCUGUGUUAACAAAAACCGGUUUCCUUGAAUGAUUGUGAAGAGGGUGGUUUCCAUGAUCUCGAUUCCUUGUUCUAUAUACCAUUAUCAACAGUUUGUGAUUUAGGUACACUCUCGGACUUGUAAUUGUUGCUUACUCUGUAGAGUGUAGAGAUUCAUGUUUUCAUGGGUCUUGCUUAGGGUAUGAGAAAUUUAGUUCCUGCUUGUAAAAAAACAAUUGAUUGAUCCCUAUCCCAUCUUGCUUUAGCUUUGAUAUAUAAGCUUGUUUGUAUUAUAAUGAUUAUUGAGAGACCUGGAAAUGUACAAAGAAAAA